AUGUCAGUAUCGGCACUCAGGGAGACAGAAUUUAUUCAGGUACAGUAAGCGUUUCUCUUUCCUUCUGUAAUUAAAUUUUGCAGUACUUGAGGAUAAUCUCACCCUCAGAAUAAUCACAAGAAAGCCACCGAAAAUCUUGUUUUCUUUAGGUUGCACAGUGACAGUGAGUUUGGAAAAACUUUCCUGCUGCAUAAUCACAACCUUGCCUUCGUACGAGCAUAUAUAUUUCCGUCAUUGACAUUUAAGCCCAUUAUGAUAUUCUUAGCUAAAAAUUAAAGACUUUGACGCUAAGUAGUAAACAUAUAGGAUAUUUCCGUUCAUUUCUCAUUCAUAUAGUCUAAUAUGGUGCUUUUUUUUUUCCAAGUGUUCUCGUGUACAAGUUUAUUAUGCCCUCCAAUCCAAAGAAAGGAAAGACUAGCGCUAUAAAGUGCACAGAAAAUUUAAAGGAGUUUUACGAAAAUGAAGACGAGUUCAAAUUCUCUGAAGGUAAGCUUUGGUUUGGAAUUUUUAGAAAACCAUUCUAUCUCGAUAUGCAUUUAGUACAAAAAAAGAUUUUUUUAUUUAAAAAAUUAAACACUUAGUACCGAAAUGAUUUUCAAAGCUGACUUGUCUUGACUAAAUAUUUUUCCUUAUGGCGAUCCCUGUAAUUUCUUGAUUGAAUGUUACUGUACCAAGAUUUCAUUUAUAUAAAGAGUUGUGAUCAACGUGAUUGCAAUUUAAACGGACACAUUUGUCAGAUGGGUGCUCUUUGACACAGCCGACGUAAAUAUUGGGAAAACCAUUCAUAUGAUUCUCAACAUGGAGCCCUCCCCCUGAUAGAGAAAAAUCAUAAAAUUCGUCCCACUUCUUUUAGUAAUUGACGUUUGAUCUUCCGUCACCAUCAGAGUGAAACCCUGUGCAACAACAAAAAGUUGCUUAAGCAGUUAGUAAGGUCUGUGGCCUACUUUGGAAAAAGGAAUCUUCUCUUGUUAUUUUGGAUUGUGUGGGCUCCACUCUGGAGUGAGUUUUCAAUGUUGAACUUUUAUGACUUGAAACCAUGCGAGCUUGAAUUUGGAUUCCUCUUGGUUCUUGGAUGAAUAUUGCUCUAUAAAUUUGGUAAGCUCACGUUUAGAAUUUUGGUCGAUUUGGUAUGAAGAAGCUCUUGGAUUUAGCUACUGAAAAUUAGAAAAGCAAUUCAUACGAGUUCCGAGCGGGAGCCCAUCUCUUUAUCCAGAGAGCCACCCCUCGCCCUUGCUUUCUUUAGCAACAGUUAAUCUCGUUUGUUACAGCGAAACCUGAGCAACAGCAACAAAAACCAGCACAGGUGGUCAAGGCGAAAAAGAGAGAGGCUGUUACUCCUGCUUCGGAGUUCCAAGAUUCUGAACCCGAAGAUGAUGAAUAUGACAAGGGGUACGUUUAUGCCAUCAGUAAAAAGAAACCUGAAAUCGUCUAACUCUUCUAAACUCUCAUUACGUUGAAAGAGGGCAAGUUUCUAAAGAAACUGUGGUGCUGCGUCGGUGAGAGAGUAUAACAGGAUAAUUUAGUGUUAUUGUUUGAGUUGAUAACUAUUAAACCCUUAUUGGCCGAUUCUGGCCUAGUGGCCGAUUUUGGAUUUAGGACACUAACGGCCGACUUUAAUCUCCGCGGUACGUGUGCUUUUCAUUCAACUAAUCUAUUCUUGUCUUCUCUUCAGCAUGUUCCCACCGAUAGCAUAGCUCCAUUUUAUGCAUAUAAACCCACGCUCUCAUUACGUUUAGGUACGAUCUAAACGGUACCUAGUCUAUCUCUAGGGCCUGUCAUUUAUGUCUCUUUUUUUAGCAAUGGUGCUAAAACAGUUCAUUACAGUACUACAGUUUACAAUCCAUAAUGUAGGGGCGAGGUGGAGGUUGAUUGGCAUGUUACACAAGGUCUUUAUUUCUAUUACUGUUUCUGUCGUUGUUUCUUCUCUUACAGCGGAAGUGAUCUUGAGAUGCAAGGAAUGCUGAACAGUUUUGGAGGUUAGAAACAAUUUUUUUCACUACACUCAGGUACUGAAAUGAACUAGUUAAGCAAAAGCGUUGACAUAAAGCUCUUGGAGUUUUGCUUUUAGCUGACAUAACAAAGACGUUGACAGCCAAACGUAAGAGAAUUCAAACCUUCACGCAAGCCUCAAUGAAGGCAAGCACUCGAAAGUUUGACGAGGUGUGGCGGUCACAGCAACACGAAAGGUAAAAAAAAUUUACAUAUAUAUCAUUAUCACAUCUCCAUAGCUUUCUAUUUACUGUAGGUCGCGAAAAUGAAGAUUGGGUAAACAUUUGUGUGCCUAGUUGCCAAGGUCAUUUUUUAGACUAUUUUAACUUUUUCAUUAGAGGCACUCAUUAUGAUGAAUUCAGCAAACAGGUCAUGAACGUGCUCAACCAGUGGGAAACAGAUUUGCAAAAAACAAGAGAAGCAGAAGAGAAAUUGGAGGUAUUGAACAAUUGACUAGCAAAGUUUGACAGGCUUACAUUUUAGCCUGUAAAAUUUUAUGAAUAUUUAGCUAAUUUUCUUCAGUUAGUUGGUCGGUUUUUCAGUCAGUCAGACCGUCAUUCUACCGCUGCACCCAUUCAUCAAGUCCCCAGAUCGUUAAAAAUUGGUCAUUUAGUCAGCCAAGCAGGAGUUACAACUAAUAUGCUUAUUUCAUUUAUAUAGAAUCUGUACAAACAGCAACAAAAGCUGUUUCAACAACAACGCAUUGUGCAGAGUCAAAGACUCAAACGGGUACGCCAGCUUCAUGAAGAACAUUCUAAGAACUUACAACAAAUGCAGAGAAAUCACCAAGCCCAACACGUUAGUGUCCAGGAGCAACUUCGCAAGGAGAUUAACGUCCUGCAAAAAAAGAUUCUAAUGGAUACGGUAUGGUGAUUUAAACUGUCUUUGACGCUGAAGAGUGUAACUUAAUUAGGGAAAAGUCAGGGAUUAAAUAUCAAAUUAAGCUAAGUAUUAAUGGAAGCAAAUGAAGCUCUUUUUUCCAGUUGAUCAACAACUUCUAACAGGCCCUUCUUGUAUUCUUGCCUUCAGCAACAACAGGACUUUUCAAGUGUUCGAAGGUCUCUUCAAAGCAUGUUGGCGCAAGUAUAG